AUGCCAAACUCCGGUGGUCCGAGAAGCAGCACGCGUCGUCUGCUCUCUAAUGUCACGCCAUCGAUACUGCGAUAUGGGGUUCCUACCUGGUGCACUACGCUGAAAACCAAGCGGAAGUACGACAAGCUAAACGGGGCGUUCCGGUUGCUGGCCAGACAAAUCGUGAGAGCGUACAGAGCUAUAUUGUCGGAGGCAGUAUGCGUUAUCACCGGGAUGAUUCCCAUCUACACAACCCUAGUGGAGAAUAUCGAGUAUUACGAUCGGAAAAACACAAGAAAUGGCCCCUCCAAAACCUGCUUGGACCGGGAGGACCGGACUUCAACCCAAAUAAUGUCGUCUACAAAAUGA